UUUUCUUUCUAAGUUUCCAUUUUUAAAAAUCGGUGUGGGUGGGAAACUUUGAUGAGCCCAUUAAUGAGUUAGGUCAAAACCAAGGCAGGUGAAUGUAGGAAACUGGAGGGAUGCAGUUGCUGAAAAUCCAGCCGUCACAAGAAGCUGUGGCAUCUUCGGUCUCGUCACAAUUGAGCACUUUGGCAGACCAUGUCCAACCUUCAGGUGCCAAUGUAACAUUGAACAUUUUUCUUUAGUGUACAAAGGAGGGAGCCUGCUUACCAGCCAGGUCCAGUCCCCAGUGGUAUCUGGGGGGACGGGAUAAGUGAACCAAACCCUUUUCUUCUCUGAUUAACUGAGGUAGCAAUAGGAAAGGUGGAAGGCGGUGGGCAAGGCUGGAUUUCCAGAAGCUCUGCAACUUCUGGACCCUCAGUGCAUGCAGGCUCUCAAAUUUUCCUAAUACCACCACCUCUCAGCUCCCCUUUUGUUGAGCUGCUGGUUUCCAAGGAGCUAAAAGCGUCCUUUUCACGCUUUGCAUGUGGAGAGAGGUUGCUAGGCUAGCUUAGGAAUCCGGGAGCGGCACGCCACCGAAGCUCCAGUGUUUUGACGCGUUCCAAGCAGUGGAGCCUUGGGAAAAGGUUCAGAAGUCCGCGAAGUCCCAGGGAGUCCUUGCUCCCAGAUUCGAGUGGUUACACCACUCCAGCAUAUCGCUUGGCUUGCUAAGGAGCGGUGUGCGUCCUCCGCCUCCAGUAGAAGCAGCAGUAACUACAGCAGCUCCUCUGGACCCCGGGGCCCCGGGUGCGAGGACAGACCCGCACACAGCACGCACUCAGCGCAGCCCGGGGCGGGCUCGCGCGAAAACCUCAAGAAAUUCUUAUCACUCCACUCUACCCCCAGCUCCAUCAACAGCAGCAGCAACCUCCCAUCUCCCCAAGCGGAGGAAUCGGCAGGGCAGAGACCCUCUUAACAGGCCCCCGGAUAAUGGAGCACUGACCAUCACGGGAGGGAGGAAGGAGCCUCCCUGAAAGAGGAGAGGGGCACAGCCCACCAUACAGCGCCGCCCGCGGAGCGCUGACUCCCCAAGACGACCAUGCGGGAGAAACGGCUCACCACCGAGCCGCCAAUUAUAACAGAAGAGGGGUUGGAAGAUUCUUUAGCAACUGAUGAUUUACUUGUGGACUACUUCAAUGAAUUUUUAAGUCUUCCAACUUUUUCAGAGGCAAUUAGAUUUAAUGUGGAUUAUGGAGUUUUUGAAGUAGUUAGUGAUGCCCCUCACAUUCUAGAAAAGGAACUAAAAAGAAUUCUGCAUGAACAGAAACCUCAAAAUCCUAUUUAUGAUGUUGUAAGAAAAGAAAAAGAAAGAUGUAGCAUAUCAGUUCCUGAGAAACCAAAUGGCUCUACUAAAGAUGAUACUAUAAGGAUCAACUAUAACAUUAUGUCUCUUGACCGUGAACAAGGUAUUCGGUGGAUUAAGAAAGCGAGACUUCCAGCAUUUUUAGAAAGCGAUUGUUAUUUUGAAUACAGGUUAGCUAAACUGAUAUCACAAGUGAGAUGGAGCAGAUCAGGAAUGAAUAUGAAAGUAGAUUCUUUUUAUAAACCCUGGGCUCCUAAAAAAACAGCAACUCCACCACCUUCUAUAAUUGAAGAUGAAGAUGAGUUAAUUAUGAAAAAAUACUACAUUUCACUUGGCCAGGCUACUGUUACUCAGACACUGGAUUGGUUUACAAUGGCAAAACAAAGCCAGCACACAGUGACAACUUUCUCAACACCUAGUUGUGUGCUCAGCACUGGGAUUCAAAGUAAUGAAAUGCUUGAUGGACAUAAGAAGAAAGACAGUGCUGUUCCUGAUUCAUCAUUAGAAGUUUUGGAUGAAGGGUCUUUGUCUAUUAGAGACACUGCUUCUCAAGCUCUUUUGAGAAUAUAUUUAGAAAGAAAACAGGAGCCUGCUAAGGAUUUGAAAGUAUUUUUCUCAUCAAUAGAUCACUUUGUACAGUCUUAUAUAAGAUUUGUUACAAAAUCAGCUGUAUCAACAUAUACUCAACGGCCUUAUAGAGAAGAUGAAGCAGACAUAAAUUUCAAUAAUGUUGGACAAAUAAUAAUUCUAGAAAAUGAGGAGAUUGUAGCUGAAAGGAAAAUUUCAGAUUUUUCUCCUAAAAUCAAACCAAAAGAGUUCGAUGAGAAUGUAGAGCUAGUGAGUUUAUGUUCAAAACCCGAAAGCAUUGGAUCAGAAACCAGAGCUGAUUGGUGUAUUUCCCAUAAUACUUAUGACAUUGGCACCAGGAAGGAGUUUGAAAGAUUCAAGAAAUUUAUGAAAGGGACACAAGGGGAGAAAUAUCAGUGGCUGUGGAUGGAUAUUGAAAGGUUAAAGGUUCUUAGGGACCCUGGAAGACAGCAGAGACACCUUGAGAAAAUGAGAAAAAACUAUCUAGUAACUGGCGGAGAUUGCUAUCUCACUCCAGAAGUCCUAAUAAAACUUAAUCUAAUAGAUGGAUCUUUUUGGAAUGAACCACAUUUGAGAUGCAUUCAAUCCGAAAUUGUGAAACCUUUACUUCAAUAUUGGGGACCUAGGUUCUGUGUAACACAUUCAUAUGAAUUAAAAAAUGCUAGUGCUGUGCUGAAAUUCUGGCAUUCCCGCCAAGAUCAACCAAGGAAAGAUAUUGAUCCUUUCCCACAAAUGGUCACACUUUUACCCUUAAGACCUAAGUCUUGCAUUCCACUGAAGGAUGAGGUCAUCCAUCAACAACUUUUGAAACCUCCCAGAAAAUCUUCUAGAAAAUACACCAGAAAAAGCAUAACAACUAAAAAAUUGGCCAAGAAGAAUGUGUUUCUCAAUGAAACAGUAGAGCCAGAAGUCACUGGGAAGAGUUCAAAGUGCUUGACAUUAAGAAGCAAAGUUAUUCGUUUAACAUCUUUUACUGACAUUUCUGAGUGUCUGAAGCCUCAGUUAGAAAGAAGAUCCACCUAUACUGAAGAAUUUCCUGUUAAAAAAUCUGCACCUCAGGAUGCCUUGUUUGGAUCUGAUAUGCAAAAUUUGCUGCAAUCUUUGUUUGUGGAAAAUAGAGCUGGAUACUUCUUCACCAAGUUCUGUGAACAGUCAGGGAAUGAGAUUUGGAAGAACAGUACAUACUUUUGGUUUGACCUGCAGAAUUAUCAUCAACUAUUCUACCAAGAAACACUUCAGCCUUUUAAAGUAUGCAAGCAGGCACAAUAUCUUUAUGCCAUGUAUAUCGCUCCUUCGGCUACUUUGGAUAUUGGAUUAGAGCAUAAGAGGAAAAAGGAGAUUUAUAUGAAAAUAGACCCACCAUUUGAAGAUCUUUUUGAUGUAGCAGAAGAAUAUAUCCUUCUCCUCCUUCUUGAACCCUGGUUAGAAAUGGUGAAAUCGGAUCAAAAUAAUUAUGGACAGGUGGAGCAGGUGAAACAAGACCGACAGCUGGACUCCUUAUACUUUAGACAACUACAGGCUCUGCAUAAAGAAACUGUUCCCAAGAAAGAUGAUGAAGAAGACACAUCUGAUUUGCCAGACUCUUCUAUUCCCAAACAAACACAACUUUGGGAUAAAGUUCCUGAGGAAUUUAGACAUCUUGACUUUAAUUAUCUGGUUAACAACAAGUUGGAGUUUGAACAUUUCCGCCAGUUUCUUGCUUCUCAUUCUGCUAGUAUAGAUUUCAUGUGCUGGAUCGAUAUUGAACAGUUCAGAAGAAUACUUCAUCAAGAUAAAAAACUAAGAGAGGCAAAAUCUACAGAUAUUAAAAACAAAUACCUCAACAAAAAAUACUUCUUUGGACCUAAUAGUCCAGCCACAAAAGAACAGCAAGAUGAGAUAAUGCAGUUAGCUGGUGGCUGGGGAAUGAUUCUUCAUGAGCAGCUGGCAUCAUCUGUUCUGCUGGAAAUUCAAAAAUGUGUCCGAAGAAGGUUAGAAAACAUGUGGUUGCCCUUGUUCCUUACAAGUGAACAGUUUGCAGCACGACAAAAAACAAAGUUACAGAUGGCAAAUAUAGCUGAAGAUGUUACGCUCAAGCGACAAGGAGAGAAAAUUGGAGUCUGGAAGCCUGAAGAGAGUAAAUGGCUAUCUUCAUCUACUGAAAUCAUUGCUUUCCGUAAGGCAUUAAUGAAUCCUCUAACAGCAAAAUUGUUUCAGCGAUACCUAUCACUAAAAGGAGAUUUACUGGGAAAUGAUGUACUUUUCUGGCAAGAGGUUCAAAAAUUUAAGGAUUUGUGCCAUUCUCACUGUGAUGAUGCCAUUAUCCAGAAUAAGAUUACCACUAUAAUCAACUGCUUUAUUAAUUCCAGUAUCCCACCAACUCUGCAAAUUGACCUUCCAUUUGAUCAAGCUCAGAAGAUUAUAGAGCACAGGAAAGAGUUAGGACCUUAUGUGUUUAGAGAGGCACAGAUGACAAUUUUUGGGGUUCUUUUUAAAUACUGGCCAGGCUUUUGUGAGUUUCAAAGCAAUUUAACUGAAGAAAAAGUUUUAAGUGCCUUAGAGAGAAGAAGAGAAUCUAAGAAAAGACAGAGCCUUGGCGGUGAAGAGAGCAAAUCAAAGGCAUCGUCGAGAGCCAGUACAGCCUCUGUUUCCGGGAAACCGAGCACCUCGGCACAGACCCCUGCUUAUGGCAGCAAGUCUGCCUGGUGCUACUCAAAAUACAUUGAAGCUCUGGAACAGGAGAGAACCUUGCUUAAAAUUCAAGAAGACCUGGAAAAAAAGAUAACCAUUAGCAACAUAGCAGGCCCCUCGUUAAAUACUCCUUCUAAGACUUUUGUUUUUUCAACAUUGAAUAUGAACGUAACAAAAUGCAAGCAUUUACAAGACCAGCAGGGGGAGACUUGAAAUAUGAGUAUUCUAUGAAAUGAGGAGCCUGAAUGAAUGACCAUCUUGGAAAGGCCACAUUAUAAAUAAAAUAUGGUUUCUUUUGCUUUAAUGCUUUUCAAAUUAUAGGUAUUCAUAAAGGUCAGGUGAGUCAUAAGAUAAAUUACUUUAGAUGAGUCCUUUAAUUUGCUUAGUAGAAUUAAGAUAUUUUUGCUAUUAAUACAGUGAGUAAGAGAAUAUCAUUCUCAAACAACAAAUAUUUGUUAAGUGUGGAUUGUAUCUUAUCAGCAGCCCCCAGGCAAGAGCUAGGGUAGGGAAGGCACCAGAAUUCAGUUGUUUUUUUUUACCUCAUUUUUUUACCUCAAUUUACCUCAUUUAGGGAGAUCAUUUUUCACCUUCAUGGGCCAAGUUGUGAAAUAAGUAGCGUACAGGAAACUUUUGAACAAAAUAAAAAUCCUUUGUCAGCUGGAUUUCAACUGAAGCCUGUUCCCAAGACUGUAACACGUCUGUUUCAAAAUGGAAACAUAGGACUCUACAAAGAGGCAGUUUCCAUGCCAUAGUCUUUUGAUCUCACUAAAAUUAUAUUAACAGUUUGCAUUCUUAAGUUGUCAUUUUAAAAAAUUGACAGACUGUGUCUAUUCAAUUGACAAUCAUUUCUGCAUGAUAAAUCAAUAAAAUCCUUCCCAUGUAUUUAUGGCCUUUUCUCCCAGUACCACACAUUACAAAAGAAUCCUGUCUUCUCUCCCCUGGCCCUUCAACAGCAAUUUUUUUUAGGAGGGGACUUGAAAAAGUAAAUCCUCUCCUGUUGCUUGUCAUUCAUUUCCUGCUCCCUGGGGCCUGUAGUGGCCAGUAUAGGACGUGGCAUAUUUUGGAAAUUUAAGUGUGCCUCUCGUUAAUUACUUUUGUUUUCUUCUAUCACAUAAUUGUUUUACACCAAGGAACUGUGAAAAGUGACUAGGACAAUAAACAGCCCUGGGGCUGUUGGGUGUGGUUAGCAGGGCAGCCCGAGGGACUAUCGUUCACUUGUUUCCAUAAGCACACACACUUGGUAGACACACUCUGUCACACAACAUUUUUGCCUUCUGUCUUGCAUCAGUAUUUGGGGUUUUUUUUUUCAGUUGAACAAUGUAUAAAACUAUAAAGAACUUAUUAAUUCAUCACUCAUCUGUGAAAGUUCAUGCAAAAUGUUUUUUUCCCAUUACAUCUAUGGAAAACAUUGUUAACAUGAAAGUUAUUGAUACAGAUACAUCAUUUUUAUAAUUAUGAAUAAAAAAUAAUUUGGUGAUUUUUGGCAUCUAAAAUGUAUUCUCUUUGGUCUAACCAUUUCAUGUUAACCUGGCAACAAGAACAAGAUUGGUGCAGAGUCAUUUUGUCACUUUGGACCUUUCGUAUUUCUGUUUACUUAAGUCUCAGAUCAGAACUGAGCCUUUAAGUUCCAAUUUUGUUCAUAAAAUUGCUAAAAAUGUAGUCAUACUUUUAUCAGCAGUUCAUUUGUGGAUCGUUUGCUUGGUGGAUGAUCCAAAUUUCUUUUUCAUUUUUUAAUGUCACUUUUUGAAAUAGUUUCACAUAGUACAUAAUAAAUAUUAUUUGCAUGAAUGAAUGAAAUGGCUUUAAAUAUUUCAUAACUUUUGAAUUAAGCCAUUUAUGUCCAUGCUGCUCUUUUGCAUCUGUAAUGACUUUUGCUUUUUUAUACGUCCUCUGGUCUCGUCAUUUAUAAAGGAUUUCAUAUGGGUCAAAGUGUUAUGUAGACAUAUCACAAUCUCAAAAAUAACAUGGAAAUUUAUUCAAGAUCUGGUUGAAUUGCUGUCAUAUUUGAUUUUAAAAUCUUUUCUAGUCUGAGGCUGGUAGAUUUCUAAGCAAAAUAUUUGGCUGGUCUAAUCAAAUCUAUAAAGUUUAUAUAGCCAUCUUUGUGAAGAGCUAUCAAAAUUAUUUUAAUUUAUAUAAUCUAUUUUUAAAAUGCCCUCUUUAUAGUUUUUAUUAUUAUUAUGAGGGCAACCUUCUGCUUUGAAAAUGUUUUUCUGAAAUGUAUAGAGACCCCUGACUGGAUAUUGGGAUAUUCUUAUCCCUCACACUAAUUUUCCCUGGGCUCUACUCCUAAUUCUGUGACCUGGGGCAAGUCAUUCAAAUGGAGUGGAUUUCUGUUCCUCUUUCUAUAAAAUACGAUAGCCGAAAUAGAUGAUUAUUUCUACCUCUAAAAGUCUACAAUUCUAUUGCUAUUAUAACACUGGAAAUUUUAACCUGAGCCAAAUAUCUGCAGAAUUUUGUUCUUUUGUUUGGUAUGCUAUGAUUAAUAUGUACGUGAGUAGAUAUUUAGUGUCAUGAACGACAAAUCCAAAGGUGUAACAAAAAUGCUCUUUCCUUUAUGUUUGCUUUCCUAGAAUUAAACUUUUAGGAUGUUGUCAAUGCAGCAGAAAAAUGACAGGUCAGUUGGAGAGUUACCUCUCUGGUUUUCUGCCCACACAGUUAACUUUCCCCUUCAUAUUCUGCAUUAUAGGGCUAAUGUAAAUACUGCCUCUUCUAUGCAUUUUGAUGAUAUCUAUUACCAUCUUUACCUAAAUGACUCGGUACUAUUUUAUAUACCUAUCUGUUAGAGAUAUUUUAUGCCUUUGUUUUCAGUACAAUUAAUCUUUUCUGGGGUAGACUUUAUAUAGUAUUUGUUUGUCAACAGAAGAAAUACAAAUAAUAAUUUGUCACAAAGCAGAUUGGUAAAAUAGUUUGGGUACUUAAUUAUUCUGACCAAGGAUCUUGUUAAAUGUUUCUGUAAGCAAGAAAUGUUCACAUUUCUUGUGAAUCCAUUUUGUGAACUAUUCAUUUUGAAGGCUGUCAGCAGAAAAGAAAAAUGCACUUAACGGAUUUAUGAUUUUAAUUGGAGAGUUUUUUUAUCCACUAAAACUAUUAUGGGCAAGGUCCUUUUGUGCCAUAUGUGUUUGAAGUUCGUUUCUUGGCAAGAAAGUGUUUUUUAAAUAAGAAAAUUAUCUCUUCCCAGAAAAGUAUCCUUGCACACAGAAAAGCAAUCAUUUUACUAACAAGAAUGUAAGAUGAAACAGUGCUUGUGCCAACAAGGAACAAAUGUUAUUAUCAUGCAGAAGAAAUGCACUGGGGUGCAAUAUUUUAUGCAUUAUUGCCAUUGAGACAAUUAGGUUACCAUAGACAUACUAAUAAAAAUGAAUUUGCUAUACAAGUAUUAACUGUUAAACAUAUUGUGGUAGAUAUUUUGUUGAUGUCUUCAUUGUUACAUUUCAGCUGGAGAAUGAAGGUUUUAAAUCAAAUGUAAUUCAGCAAAGACCGCUGGAUGGCUGUGUGACCAUUGUAACCAUCAGCAAACCCGAUUCAUGUGCGAUUAGUCCAAAAGUUACAAAAGCUGUUUCUGAGUUCUUGUUUGUACCCUCCAUCAUAAGAUUACACCAGAAUUAAAACAUGCAGAACUUGAAUUGA